CGUGUUUGCACACUGUUUUGGACUAUGGCUUCCACCACCUCAGGUGAUGCUCUGCCAUCAGGCGGAAGGAUCUUCACCAGCUUUCCUGACAUAUUCUUCAUCCCCGAGUUUGUGUUUGGUGGUUUGGUGUGGAUCCUGGUGGCAUCGGCUAAAGUUGAUCCGGCUAAUCCUCUGGGCUGGGUGAUGUUUGUGUCUAUCUUCUGCUUCGUAAUGACAACACUCUGGUUCUUCAUCUUCCUCUGCGGAGGCAAUCAGAGCAGCAUCUGGCCAGCACUGGAUGCAGGCUAUCAUUUUGUGGCGGUGGUUUUCUUCCUCAGUGCAUCAGUGGAUCUGGCCUAUGUUACCUAUGGGAUUGGACAAGGAGUUAAACUUGCACAAGUUCUAGCAUUACUACCAGCUGAACUGCUCAAAAUAUACCGACUGUACAUUUCUGCAGUGGUGAUGUCCUAUGUGGCCACUCUUCUCUACUUCCUCCAUGCCAUAUUCUCUGCCAUUCGAUGGAAGAGGUCCUAAAACAAGUCACCAACUCAAGAGGAAAACAACAACAACAAAAAAACGAAUAAUCACAUAGCUUUCACAAAUACAUUGAGAAGAAAAUUAUUUUUAUGCAUUUAUUUUGAAUCAAUAUGCCCAAACAUCAAAUUGAUGAAAAAGUGGAAAACACACUCAAACAAAAAUUACAUUAUCACAUUAGCCUACCUCACAAUUUUCAAUGUUGUUUUUUAGAAUCCAUCCAUGUGAAGUGAGAAUUACAAGUUUUCAGAAUUAAAUGUUGUUUAAAGAAGAUGGAUGAGUGUAAAUAACUAAUGAAAUUACUAAUCUAAACAGAAGCAGGAAUGAUAUUAUCAUAACUUUUGAUUUCUUUGAUUUUUCACUGUAACUUUCAAUAGUAUACAAUUUAAAAGCUCAGUUCACAAAUUUUACACCCACACACAAAAAAACACAAAUGCAUUUUUUAAAACUCAAGAUCUGUCCUAAUUUUCUUUAAAUAUAUUUCUGAGACAUUUAAAAAAAAAAGAUGUUUCCUUCAAUUUCUGUAAGUAAACCACGUCAAUGAUGUUGGCUUAAAGACAAAUCUUUCUGCAUCUACCAUACUAGUAACAUGACCUAAUAUGAUAGCUGAAAUUUCAAUAUUUGCUAUAUAUCUGUUUUGCCUGAAUUAGAUAGUGGAGAGAAGAAGGGACAAAAAGGGAAAGACAUACAGCCUUAGGCUAGAGUUUAACAGAAUUGCAUCUAACCUUGUGGCAUACAGUCACCUGUUCAUUGUGUGAGCUAAACCAGCACCACAGCAUUUAAAUAUUUCCAACAUUUGUCACACAACUUACUUCUACAGCUUAACACAGUUAGACUUUUAGUUUGCUCUCACAAAAAACAUUUAUAAAACUGAAGCAGGAAAAGCAGGACGAUUGUGACUUUAGUUCCUACAGAAGACAAGGCCAACGAUAAAUGGAAUGGGCUCUAUAUUUCAUCUGUUGCAACUUGAUGGCCCAAGCUAAAAUAAUGAUCACUUUGAUGGUGAUCUACCCAUUUAUUCAGCUAAAAUGAGAGCCGCUACAAGGGUAUGAUUGGACUGACACUAGAGGCAUUGUCAGAUGCAUGUGUUGUUGUCUAUAGUUCCGCAGUGACUGUGUUUACAAUGUUAAAUUGUCUUGGAUUAGCAACACUUGAGUUUUAUUUAUAUAGAUAUAUUAAUUUGUUUCAUUGUUUCUUUGCUCUCAUCUUAUUUCUUUCAAUCAUAGAGUGAUGUAGCAGUUACCUGCAGUGUAGUGUUGCAGUGUAACCACUAUUAGAGCUUCAUUUCUGUAAAGGAGAUAACGCUUCCUGCUGACAGCCUUUUAAACCAACUUCAAUACACUAGAUUUUGUGCCUUUUUCAAAGGCUUGGUGUUUAUGCAUGGCAUGGCUGGCGAUUUGAAAUUUGAUGAUGUAAAUGUCUAGAUGAUUCACUUCACACUUUUGUCUUGGAAUUUCCAUUGUGAAAUAAAAGAA